GGAAAGCGGAUAGGGAGAAGCCGCCGAGCGAUUCCUGGGAGCGAGAGUCCGAUUCAGCGAAGGCAGGAGCCGCCGGGUGGGACCGGGAGAGAGAGGGGGCCACCGGAGCGAGACCCGGUGGAGCACGGAAAGUCGACCAGGGGGUGGUGGAGGGGGGGAAUCCUCCGGUGGUAUGUCCGUGAGGGUGAAGCGUGUUGAGAAGUCGCCGCUGAGAACCGGAGGUGUUAGCUUAGCUGCUAACUGUCACCGAGCACAACAACCCGGCUGGGGGGAGGAGGAGGAGGAGGGAACCGCGGCGGCCGGCGUGACGUCAGCGCCGGCGGUGCUGCGAACAGUUCUCAGAAUAGUCUUCUAGGAAACAGUAAAUUUGAAGAGCCGAGCCUUUACACUCUGUCCUUCACACAUUUGGAUCCCGCUCCGGUGACAACACACUCCGACCCGCUGCCGCACGGACCCGCUUCUUGUUUUUGAGUCUUUUUGAACCUCUUUCAAUCCAGGUUUCGUGUUUUCCUGUCGCGUUUAUAUUCAUAAAAACACCCGGUGGUCGAGCGGAGGACACUGGGACACGCCGAUCUCUUCGUGUCCCUGUUUUUCAUUUUUUUUAAAACAGGCCUGAUCAUUUCAAUCACAUGUUAGAUCUUAUUUUUCCAGAUCUGGCUUUUCUUUAGAUAUACGUGACGGUAUAUUGUUUUUUUAACUUGUUUCCUGGAGAAGUUGAAGAGACCGGAUUUUAGCCCAGAGGAUUCAACUAAUAGUAUGAUUCUUUGUGUUCCAGGUCCUAGAGCUCUUCUGCCCGGUGCUCUGUCCACUGACGUCCCACAGGGCAUGCGGGCUGGAACCGUACCUCCUAACCCCUGCCUUCAAAGCACCCCUUCGCUAUGGGACCCUGCAAAGGACCUGCGGGCGAUCGCCAGCAACUUCUGCUAUCUAGAAAAUUCAGGUUGGUACUGGGGAGCAAUAACUGCGGCUCAGGCCCACGCUGCACUACAAGAGGCAUCUGAAGGAGCCUUUUUGGUACGGGACAGCAGCCACCCCAUGUACAUGCUGACCCUCUCGGUCAGGACCGCACGCGGCCCCACCAGUAUAAGGAUCCAGUACAGCGGUGCCAAGUUUUUGCUCGACUCCAGCUCUCCGGCCCGGCCCAGUCUGUCGUCCUUCUCCAGCGUGCCCAGCCUGGUGCAGCACUACAUGGGACCAGAGAGGAAAGCAGACGAGGGGAAGGUGGAAGUGGAGGCUCCUUCGAAACCCUCUCAGCAGACAUUUCAGGAGGCGUCUGUGGUACUGAAACUGAAGCGGGCCGUGUACAAGCCUAAGGGCCUCCCCUCUUUACAGCACCUCACACGCCUUGUCAUUAACAGACACUCUGACUGUCCUGACCAGCUACCACUCCCGAGGCCUCUGCUGCGUUACAUCCAGAACUAUCCCUUCAAGGUAUGAGCGUUCCUCAAGGUCAUCACAAUGGCCAUUUUGCAGCUGACUUAAAAGACAAACAACUGUCAAAGAGGUCCUUCGUACCUGUAAAUGACAACGCUGCUCCAGCAGUUGAAGGCCAGUCCCGAAGAAACUGGACACAGGGUCGUGUUUUUACUGACAGAAUAUGUACAAAAUCAGUUAUCACUGACGCGUCUGGUUUCAGACUUAAUUUGUCGAGGGCCGUGUGGUGAAGAAUCCCAGGAAGAGACAGCGAACUCAGUACUGUAAUCUACACUUAUUUUAUGAAGGAUGUGGAAAUUGUUCACAUCUAUUCUACCCUCAUCAGUUUUGAAUGUACAUAUUGUUUCCAAGAAGUACACUGAUUCCAUUGAAACACCAUUUUAAUCCAUUUUAUUUUCUCAGUAAAACAUUUUUUCUACCUUUUACAUGUGUACAUUUUUCUAUUAAAAUAACUCAUUUGAUUCUAACUUGCUGUCCUUCACAUCCUUUUCAUCUUGUGCUGCUUUGAAUGACAGUAUUACUCACAGGGGCAAAGGGAGGCAGUGUCAACAUCCCCGUUAUUAACCAACACACAACUUUUCUUGUGACGCUUGUUACGAAAUAUUUUCAUUUUCAAUCACAAAGACUUUGUGGCCUUUGAGCUCUAAAGAGUGUGAGACACACACACCGUGUAAGGAAGUAAAGGCCACAUUGUGUGUUUUUGCUCAGCAAUGCGUACAGCCUGCAUCUGAGUCAGCGAAUGGACAAGCGAAGGGGAGGACCGCUCAUCAGCAGAUUCACAGAACUGCUGAAUGCUUCCUGGGAGGAGGGUGAGAUUCUGAGAGGGAGGGUUCUAAGAAAAGCCUUGGUAAUUACCUUCAGCUUUGAGCCUGCUUUUGUGCCAGCUCGCACACAUUUCUAUUGUGGCACAGGAUGUGAUCGCAAAUGUUACCAGAUUUAAAAAAAUGCAAACAAUGACAUGAAAGAGAAUUCGGCCCUUGCAAAUUGAGAAUUUUUGAGUCAUUAAAGCAGUGCAAGUGCGUGCUUGGCGGAUCAGUGGGGGUAGAGGAGCUGAGGC